AUGAGGAUAUUACUCACUGUUCAAAGAGGAUGUGAUAGCUUUGAAAGCAUAAAAACUGUCGAUGGGGUUGUUUACCCAACUUUCCAUGACACAUGCGAAGCUUUGGGUUAUAUGGAAGAUGAUCGAGAGUACAUUGAUGGAAUAGUAGGCGUAAGUGAUUUGGGUUCAGGUCAUCAUUUACGCGAUUUUUUUGUAAGAUCACUAAUCACAGAUUCAUAUAGCCGGCCCAAACAAGUUUGGGAGAACACUUGGACUCUUCUAAGUGAUGGAAUUCUACACGAAAGGAGAAAAGUGCUUAACAUUCCAGGACUUCAAAUUGAGGCUAAGGAGCUGAUGAAUUUAUGCUUAAUUGAAAUUGAGAAGUUAUGCCAAUCCAAUGGGAGGUCUCUCAAAGAAUUUCCAAGUCUUCCAUAUACUUCUUAUUCUGAAAUCAUGCAAUUUGAAAAAAGAUUUGUGGCACAUGAGCUGAAUUACAAUAGGGAACAAAUUAAGAACUCACAUGAUGAGUUGGUGAAAUUGUUAACUACAGAGCAAAAAGGUGUGUAUGAUCAAGUUAUGGAUGUUGUUUUCAAAGGAAAAACAUUUGUGUGUAAUACCCUUUCUGUUGCUUUGCGCUCCAAAGGGCUGAUUGUUUUGAACGUGGCAUCAAGCGGAAUCGCUUCAUUGUUGCUACCUGGAGGUAGAACUGUCCAUUCUCGAUUCUCAAUUCCGUUAGAUAUCAAUAAUUUGUCAACAUGCAAUGUUCGUCAAGGAUCUCUUAAAGCUGAGUUGCUUCAAAAGGCAAGCUUAAUAAUAUGGGAUGAGGCACCAAUGUUGAACAAACACUGUUUCGAAGCUUUGGACAGGACAUUGAAUGACAUAAUGACGACACAAGCAACUUAUGGUAAUGAUAUUUCAUUUGGCGGUAAGAUUAUUGUGUUAGGAGGCGACUUUAGGCAGAUUCUCCCUGUGAUUCCAAAAGGUAGCCGAUCUGAUAUAGUGGGAUCUACAGUAAACUCAUCUUAUUUGAGGAAAUAUUGCACAAUAUUGAAAUUAACCACAAAUAUAAGGUUACAAAAUGCUUCUUAUACUGCUUCUGCUGAUGAAAUAAGAGAAUUUGCUGAUUGGAUUCUUGAGGUUGGAGAUGGAACUGCCAAGACCAUUGACGAAGAUGAUUCGACAAUUGAGAUUCCUUCAUAUUUGUUGAUUACUUCAUGUGAAGAUCCAUUGCUUUCAUUAGUCAAUUUUGCCUAUCCAAAUUUUGUGAGUAUUCCAAAUCAUAUGAUUGUAUUGAAAAAGGGUGUCUCAAUUAUGCUCCACCGAAAUCUUGAUCACGCUGCUGGAUUGUGUAAUGGUACUCGAAUUAUGGUGACAGAUCUGACUCAGUACAUCAUUGUAGCAACUCUUUUAUCUGGAAAAAAAUCUGGGGAGAAAGUUUAUAUUGCUAGACAGAGUUUAACUCUUUCUGACCCAAGCAUCCCCUUCAAAUUCCAACGAAGGCAGUUUCCUAUCACUUUAAGCUUUGCAAUGACUAUAAAAAAAAGUCAAGGACAAUUCUUAUCCCACGUUGGUUUGUAUCUUCCAAAACCUGAUGUUACACAUGGACAAUUGUAUGUUGCUCUAUCAAGGGUAAAAUCUAGAAAAUGCUUGAAGAUAAUGAUUUUAGAUGAUGAAGGAUUUGUUUCAAACAUGACAAAGAAUGUUGUCUACGAAGAAGUAUUUGAUAACAUCUGA